AUGUUUCAGGCCAAGGGCGUUGGCGUGCUCGGAAUUGCCGGCGCAGCGGCGUUUGCGCUGGUCAAGGCGAUUCCAAGUCUAUUUGGCAAGAGGCUGACGCCGGACGAGGAGAUGCUGAAGAUAAUGCGGGACGGGAAGAACGUCGAGCGCGUGCCGUUGCUCGUCGAGCAGGGCGCGUCACUUGCGCUGUUGAUCUCCGACCCCAAGUUCUCCGAGCUGGGGCCCGAACGCGCCAAGGAAACGGCCACGAACGACCCUCUGGCGAUCAUGGAGGGCGCCACGCUCGCGCACAUCGCAGCCUGCAACGGACACGAAGCAGCACUGGAGGAGCUGUUCCAUGCGGGGGCUCUCCUGGAGAAAAAGGACGCGUUCGGUCGCACGCCCGCGCACUACGCCGCCGCCGGAGGCAAGUGCAACUGCCUGGUGUUCCUGUUCAACAACGGCUCGAAGAUAUCCGCGAAGGACUCGUUCAAGCGCCACUGCCUGCACUACGCCGCGCUCUCCAUCGUCAACGGCGAGGCGGCGUACCGUGCCUCUGGCGACACAACCGCGCUCGCCCGCGUGGUGGACGCCAUGGCGAUCCUCUACCUCUUCUCCAUCCUCGUGCCCCCCAUGCCCCUGAAGAAGCUCGCCGCCGCCAAGGACGCGCACGGCCUCUCCGUGGCGCAGGCCGUGCUGGUGGUGAACCGCAACGCAGGCAAGCUGCGCACCAGCUCAGGGGGGGGGCGUUCGAGGAGGAGUGGAUCGACAAGGUCGGGAAGAACGGACCGUACCUGA